UUUUCAUGUUUUGUUUAAUGUGCGUCAAAGGAAGGACGCUGUUUUUGGAACCUGUGCAAGCAUAUCCAAGUGCAGUAAUCUCCCGGCAUAUUUGAUCAACAAUUGAAGUAGUCACGUUUUUAGUCAAAAAGUUUUGACUAACAUACCUGUUUAUCAACAAGCAUCAGAAAUUUUUACUAAUUCCAUUCCAUUCCAUUCCUGAUAUUCUAUAUUCCUGACAACCCUCCGAAAUUGAAAAAUAAAACUGAACUGGCUGUUUGGAUGUUUUAAGAUAACUGGAACACUUUGCUACAACAAAUUGUGAUAUUUUUUAACAUUUAAAUCUGUAUUCCGAUUUCAGUUAUUUCUGAAACAGAAAUAUUUUGUAUUUAAAGUGUUACAUUCAAAACUGCAAUGAAUUCAACAAUAAGUACAAAUUUCUUACAUGUUGAUAAUAAUCAAACAUCUGAACCUUUAUAUGUGAUUGAAAAAUAUAAUAAGUAUUUUGAUAAAUUUUAUGAUGUUAGUGUCUAUUUUUUCUUUUCUCUUUUUUCCCGUUACUAUUUAUUAGGUGGAUGCUUUUUCCUUAACAUAAUAAUUAGUUCAUCAACUCGUGCAAGAAAACAAUCUCAGUGCUGUUUAUAUCUUUUAUUAAUUUAUGGUAUACUAAAUAAUUUUCCACCUCCUGUGGUUUAUGAACUUGUUCUUAGUAAUGAUUUUUAUUCUAUACUUAAUAUCUCUCCUGAGAUACCUAAAAAUCUAUCUGUUUUCAUUCGCAUUUUAUCCACAUAUAUGAUGGUUGCAUUUGCCUUCAAUUGUUACCAUAUUGUUUUCAGAGAUUCAACAAAUAACAAAUACUCGAAGCUUUACAUAUAUUUCUCAAUCACACUUGUUCUCAUUUUUAGUUUAUUGUUAACUUUGCUUCUGUGGUUUCUCCGUUAUUCUUUGUUUGAUGAAUCAAAUCCAUAUUGUCGUUUCCAUAUCAUGUCUUCCCUACAGACUUUGUAUUGCCCUGAAACUACCUAUUGGCUGGUGUUUAUUCUAUUUAUUUACAUUAUUCCUAUUCUUAUUCCAUUUCUUGUAUAUCCAAAAGUAAUUUAUGAGGUUGUAACAAAAUAUGAAUUCUAUGAAUGUGGUUAUGUAAAAUAUUUAGUUGACAAUAAUCGGAAAAAGUAUUUAUUUCGUCCUGAUUAUCGAUUUUUGAAACUAUCUUUUGCAAUAACUUUGGUUUUUCUGCUUACAAAUAUUCCAUUUGUUGUAAUAGAAAUUUUAUGUAUUCUGAAAUUCAAAAUUAAUAUGAUGACCGCUAUUUGCUUUGAAAUCAUAGCACGUUAUUGUCCUGCUUUAUAUCCUUGGAUUUGUAUAAAAUUUAAACGCAGAAGUGGAGAAUAUUUUUCCAUUUCAUUUCGCGAAUUCAUGCACCCAGAUCUGUACAUAAAAAAGCGUACUUUUGGAACAUCUUUACUUGUUGAUUGUGAAGCUGCCAUAAAAGAACAAGAAGAACUUCUCAAAGUAAUGAGAGUAAACGUCAAAACAGUUCCUAAAACUGAAGUUAAAACCAAAAUUACAAAUGAAAUUCAAGCUCACAGUGAGGAAUUGCAAUCUUGAAUUCCUGAAAGUUUUGGAAAACAUUAAAAAAUGAACAUACUCCUUAUGUAGUCCUCACGUUUUCAAUUUAUAAAAAGGGCCGAAUUAUUAAAAUCGAAAGAUCUAUAAACUUACUUUUGAUAGAUUAAUAUUUUUUUUAAUUUAUUUAUGAGCACUUUAAAAAUUUAUCAAGAAAGGGAAAGGAGUAUUAAAAAAAAUGUAUCAUUUCUACAUGAUGUUGAAAAUUAUUUUGUUAUGAAUUCAAAUAUUUAACAGAUAGGUGUCAUUAUGUGCUGUAUAAAAAACAAAUACAUUUGCUUGUAUUUGAUCUUCUAUUUUAGGAAUACAAUUCAAACCAUAUCUUAAAUUACAUAAUAUUUAAACAACUUUUAAAAUUUAUUUUAAAUCAAUCUAAUUCUUUCAUUUCAAAGUAUACAAGGAUAGCAAUGAUAGUGAGGCAAAUCGAUGAAAUUCAUUGUAAUCUCUUGUCUAUUCAAGGGCUUAUAAAUACAUUUAUGCCUCAUUUUUUGCACUUAAAAUACAUAAAUUUAUAAAAAGUAUUCUUUGCAGUAUAUAUAUAUGAAAGUAUUCUUUCUCACCAUCAACUAAAGAUUACUCACAUUUUAAAUAUCAAUUUGAAUUAUUGCUUAUAAAAAUUAAGAGUUAAAAUAUAAGAAAACUUAUGUGUUCAGAAUUUUUAUUUUACAGCAACUGUAAAACUGUUAUUUUAUAUACUGUUUAAAAUCUGCUCCUAUAAUUUAAAACAGCUUUUAUAUCUAAAUAAAGAUCAACACUUUUUAAAAGCAACUUUAUGC